AAGGAAAGUGCAGAACGCUACUAUCAAAGGCAACAGAAACCUCAUAGAAACCUGAUGGAAUAUAACACGUGAUUGGUGACGGGAAUGGUUGCUAUGGACAACUGUUCCACUUCAUUAUUAUUAUUAUUAUUUUAACUCUUCUUCCUCAAAGCCAUUUUUAAGACGAGGCCUUCUCUUUUGACUAACGCGCGUUUUAUCGGAAUAGUCGUCUAUCAUAUCCGACUUUCUGACCUAUCAAUGUCACACAGGCAUUAUCUAGGUCACCUAGGGGUUGGGUCCUUAUAUUUUUCCUGAUGUCAUCAGGCUGCGCCGCUGUCAUGCUGCUCUGUACUUGCUGGGCUCUUUUACAUACGUCAUCAGGCUGCGCCGCCGGUUGUCAUGCUGCUCUUGCUGGGGACUUUGUGGCUGGAAUGAUAGAGAGUACAUGCGGGUGCCGGCGGCUUGUAUAGUCCGCUCUAUGUAGCCUCCCCGCGAUGUACACCAGGAGAUUGUCUUCGCUGGCCAGAUGCUGUUUGCAGGCACGGAGCCUGCCGUCCUCUGUUUGCCUCAGGAAUGGAGUCCUUAGCGCGGUGACCGGAUGGCCGAGGACGCGCUCCUUGUCCAGGCCCUUUUCUGGUGAUAACGGCAAGCCCCUGGAUACCUCACUGUUCGUCCCCGUAGAGCUUAAACCUGCACUAAACCCGGAGUCUGACAUUGGGGCAGAGCUGACCCAGCCUCUAAAUAAGAGUGAAGUAUUAAACAUUUUAAACAAGUUUUACAGAAGAAAAGAAAUACAAAAACUGGCUGCAGAGAAUGGGUUGGAUGCUCGUCUUUUUCAUCAAGCUUUUAUAAGCUUCAGAAGAUGUGUUAUGGAAAAUGACCCUCUGCAAGUGGAUCUACACAUCGUCUUGAAUGAUAUUUGCUGCGGUGUUGGUCACAUGGAUGAUGUUUUCCCAUUCUUCAUGAGGCAUGCUAAACAGGUCUUCCCAAUGCUAGAUUGUUUGGAUGAUCUUCGAAAAAUAAGUGACUUGAGAUUACCUCCUAACUGGUAUCCUGAAGCAAGGGCCAUUCAGCGCAAGAUUAUUUUUCAUGCUGGACCCACUAAUAGUGGAAAAACAUAUCAUGCGAUCCAGAGAUACCUGGGUGCCAAGUCUGGGAUAUAUUGUGGCCCAUUAAAACUGCUUGCACAUGAGAUCUACAAGAAGAGUAAUGAUGCGGGUGUUUCUUGUGAUUUGAUCACCGGGGAGGAGCUGAUCUAUGUUGAUCCAGAAGGAAAGCCAUCGGCACAUGCAGCAUGUACAGUAGAGAUGUGCAGCGUGAACACACCUUAUGAAGUAGCUGUGAUCGAUGAAAUUCAGAUGAUUAGAGAUCCUGGCAGAGGUUGGGCUUGGACAAGAGCACUUCUAGGGAUUUGUGCACAAGAAAUCCAUUUAUGUGGAGAGGUGGCUGCUAUUAAUUUAGUGACAGAGCUGAUGUACACAACCGGCGAAGAAGUAGAGGUGCGGAAUUAUGAAAGACUGACUUCUCUUAAGAUUGUGGAUCAUGCACUUCAGUCACUGGACAAUCUAAGGCCUGGCGACUGUAUAGUUUGUUUCAAUAAGAAUGAUAUCUUCUCUGUUAGCCGGCAGAUUGAGACGCGGGGUUUAGAAUGUGCGGUCAUUUAUGGCAGCCUUCCUCCAGGGACAAAAAUAGCACAGGCCAACAAAUUUAAUGACCCAGAUGAUCCAUGCAAAAUCCUGGUGGCCACAGAUGCCAUUGGAAUGGGACUGAACCUGAGCAUAAGGAGAAUCAUUUUUAAUUCAUUGGUAAAACCAUCAAUCAACGAGAAAGGGGAGAAAGAGAUGGAUACGAUCACCACUUCCCAGGCUCUCCAAAUAGCAGGCAGAGCUGGCAGGUUCAGCUCCAUGUUUAAGGAAGGUGAAGUAACCACCAUGCUCCAAGAUGAUCUCCCUCUGCUGAAGGAAAUUCUCAACAAACCGGUCCAUGAUAUACAGGCUGCAGGGUUGCAUCCCACAGCAGAACAGAUUGAAAUGUUUGCUUACCAUUUGCCUGAUGCCACUCUUGCUAACCUUAUAGACAUAUUUGUGAGUCUCUCUCAAGUGGAUGGACUUUACUUUGUGUGCAACAUCGAUGACUUUAAAUUUGUCGCUGACAUGAUCCAACAUAUUCCUCUAAAUUUAAGGGCACGUUAUGUAUUUUGCACUGCUCCCAUAAAUCGUAAUCUGCCAUUUGUGUGCACUUCACUACUAAAGUUUGCCCGUCAGUUCAGCAGGAAUGAGCCCCUUACUUUCCAGUGGGUUUGCAAACAUGUUAGCUGGCCUGUUUCACCUCCGAAAACCAUUAAGGAUCUAAUGCAUCUAGAAGCUGUGCAUGACAUCCUUGAUCUUUAUCUAUGGUUAAGUUACCGCUUCAUGGAUAUGUUUCCGGAUGCAGGACUUGUCAGGUCAAUUCAGAGAGAACUAGACACCAUUAUUCAGACAGGUGUUCAUAGCAUCACUAAACUUAUCAGAGCCUCAGAAAUCAGGACCGCACUGCAAAUCGUUGAUGAAAUGCAGAAGGACUCGGCAAGUGUUCUGGAUGACACUCAAAGACCCGGACCUAGGAGAAACAGGACUAUUAAAUCUGCAAAUUCUGAUGCCCAGAAAGGAACUCUCACAUCUAAACUUGUUCAGGAUGGACUCCUUACACCAGACAUGUUAAAACAGCUGGAAAAAGAAUGGAUGUCUCGCCAGCACAGCCGAGGAAGCCAGGCCAAAUUCAAUGAACUGGACAUUUUAAAAAAGAACAGAAAGAAAAAAUAGUAUAAAUAGAUUAUUUACACUUUUUUUUUAUAUUUUAAUAUUGUAAAAUAAAAAACACUAUAUAA